AUGAUGCACCCGUCGAGGCAAGCGCGCGUCGAUGACGAGCCCAUGUCGGGCAUUGCGCUCGAAGAUCUCCCCGAGGAUCACGACUACAACCUGCCUACAAAUGUCGCUGGUGCCACGUCUGAAAAGGCGUCGGCCAUCCUCAGCCAGCUCAAUCGCAAACGCCUCGCAGCUACGAUAGCUGUCCCUACCGACGAUGGACGUGUACGAGCGAAGCUUCGUGAGAUGGGCGAGCCCGUUACGCUUUUCGGAGAAGGCCCGGGCGACCGACGAGACAGACUGCGCGAGCUCAUGACCAUUCAGGUCGAGCAGGCAGGCGGCGACGCUGCCGACGUCACAAUGGAGGACGCCGAAGAGGACGAGGACGAGGCGGAUGAGGAGUUUUACUCGCGCGGCGGCCAAGCGCUCCUCGAGGCGCGCAUCAACAUUGCCAAAUACUCUCUGCCGAGGGCCAAGCAACGGACAGCCUUUCAGCGUCUCGAGUCCAAGAUUCCCCUGCGCACGCAGGUCAAGUUCCGCAAGCAGAUGAAGGAACGGCUGUCUGGGUUUGAACUCCAAGGCAGUCAGAUUGUUGGUGAACGCCAUAUCAGUAUGACGAGGAUAUCACCUAACAGCGAGCUCAUCGCUGUCGGAAACUGGGGUGGACAGGUCAAGCUCCUUGGACUACAAAACCUCGACGAAAAGAUGACAUAUCGAGGACAUACAAACAAGAUUAGUGGCAUAUCUUGGCUUCCAGGCGCCACGCUACCAGAAUCAAAUGUUUCGUCCGGCUCAGUCAACUUUGCAUCGGGUGGCGCUGAAGGCCUGGUCAACCUAUGGUCCCUGGACCAAGACACUCCGCUCGCCACGCUGCAAGGCCACUCACAGCGCGUAUGUCGCGUGGAAUUCCACCCGUCGGGGAGAUAUCUUGCUUCAGCCUCGGAAGAUACUUCGUGGCGACUCUGGGACGUCGAAACAAGCAAGGAGCUUCUGCUGCAAGAGGGCCACUCGAGGGGUGUCUACGCCGUCAGCUUCAACAACGACGGAUCCUUAAUAGCCAGCGCUGGCCUUGACAGCAUCGGAAGAAUAUGGGAUGUACGAUCUGGAAGAACAGUCAUGAUUCUCGACGGCCACAAAGAUGGCCACAUCAAGCCCAUUUAUGCGCUUGACUGGAGCGCAGACGGACACCGAGUGCUGACUGGAUCCGCCGACGGCUGGAUCAAGUGUUGGGAUGUUCGCAAGGUGCAAAGGACAGGAGGCGUUGGUGCCCACAGCAGCGCCAUUUCAGAUGUACGAUGGUUUAAGGGCUUGGAUGACCCGCUGGAUGGCAUUGCGCCGCCGGUGGACGACCAGGGCGUGCAGACCCCCAAGAAGACGGGCACCUUUGUGGUCUCGGCGGGCUUUGACCGCAAUGUCAAAAUCUUUUCUGCCGACGACUGGAGUUUGAUCCAGACCCUGAGUGGCCAUACAGGCCCAGUGACUUCUGCCGACUACAGCAGAGACGGUAAAUGGAUUGUAAGCGGCGGCCACGACCGUACUGUGAAGCUGUGGGGACGGAACGACGGCGAGGCCGCAUAG